AUGAAUCAAUACUCGUAUAAACAUGGUUAUCUUUAAACCAAAUAAUUGUUUUGGAUUUCUAAUUAUUACUAUUUGGAUCAUAAGCACUUCUUUAAAUUUGAAAAUGAUUAGGUAAAAAUUAAUACAAGUUUCAGUCACAUUCUCCAAUCGAAGUUAUUACUUUGGAAUAAGCCAAAGUGGAAGGCCCAGAAAAGGUAGAUGAACUGUUUUAUUUCACCUUGAUUCACAGGGAAUACUCAACAGUAUACAGAGCUAUUUCAUUGAAGGAUGCGGAGGAGUGGGUUGCUCAACUUAAGCUAUCAAUAGUAAUUAUAUUUCUUACAAAAGAAGCUAUUAGAUGCAUAACCAGCUUUGAUUAGUCAUCAUACAUUGCAUACAACAAUUGAGGAUGAGGCUAAUGAUGAAAUUGAACUUUUAUAAUAACAUUAAAAUUGGAAACUGCACAAGAUCUAUGAUAAACUUCGAUUGUAUUAUUCAGAUGAUAGCAAAUUUCAUUUUCUGAAGGGUGAAUGGACCAUUGCGAAAUCUAUGAAAAUGGUUAAGAAAAUAUUUAUGAAUGAAAACAAUUUGAUAUAUUUUUAGCCAGGCUUAAAGAAUCAUUAAACCAUAAAUUCAAAUCAAUAUUCUCAAUAAUACUCUCUGAGUUGUCGGAAAUAAAAAAAGCAUAGACAUCAAACUCAUAUUCAUUUCACUUACUAAAGAAAAUAAUAAAUGAAGUCCAGUUAUUUUAUAAUCUAAAGAAAUGUAUUAAAUUCUCAAUUGCUAACAGUAAGAUAUUCUUAAAUAAAGUAGAUUAACUUCUAAUUAUUUGAAAAUGAUCGACAUUCCAAUUAGACACAAUGUCAGAUUAUUAUUGUUCUUAAGAAGUCUAAUGAUAAAUUGAUGCAUAAAUUUGCCAAAGAGUAUAUAAUCAAUCACCAAAUAAUAAACUAUGAAUAUGAUCAUGUAGUUAUUUAAUUACAUUAGUUAAUUAGAUAAUUGAUAAAAUUCAAGAGAAAUCUGAAGUCGUGUAAGUGACAUAAAAUAAUAAGCAACAGCAAAAUAAUGUUAAUGGUUUAGAAAUGUAUUUUCAACCUAACGAUCGUCUGGGAUUUUAGGAUGUCAACCCUAACAGGAACCAUCCUGCCUUGCAAAAUGAAGAGAAACAUUUACGAUUUACUUAAUUGAACGUAUUGAACCAGUAAUAAAAUAAUGUAGGAUAAGGAAAAGGAAAUCUUGAAUCAAUUCAGAGUCAAAAUGAAAAAUUUGGCAUUGAAUGAUAAUGCAUUGAUUCGUCACCUCUAAGCAAGACAAUUUGAUUUAAGUGCAUCUGAAAAGAUGCUUACUGAUAUUUUAGAAUGGAGAAAAUAAAACAAUAUCAACUCUUAUGACCAUCGAAAGGAGAAGUACGACUACUUUAGAAAAUAGAAUAUCUUGAUCAUGCUGGGGGAAGGCAAAGUAAUGUUUGAUGGUUAUGCGAAUAGGUGGGACAUCCAAUAUUCUACAUAAGAGCUGAAAAUCUAUUGCCUGAUGAAUAUAAGGAACCUAAUCCAACGAUUGAAACUUUUAUUGAAUAUUUUUGCUGUUUGAUGGAACAUAACAUUAGUAAGUAAUAAAUCAUGUGUAAUAAUGUAUAACAGUAUGAGAGGACAUAUUGAUUGUUAAAUCUUAAUAAUUGAUUGCUUUAACUUGAGUAGAAAAAAUGUUAGCUUGGAUCUGAUAAAAGCUCUGAUGACAUACGUUUUUAUGAAGUAUCCAGAACGACAGAUAAGGAAUAUUGUGAUAAAUACUGACUGGCUGGCUAAAUCGAUAUACAACAUAGUGAAGAAAUUUCUACCAAAGAGGACUUUAGAGAAAAUGGCUUUUGCUGGGAAAGACCAAAAAGAAAUACUAGAAGUCCUAACAAGAGACAUUGAUAUAUCAGUAAUUCCGAAGAAGUAUGGU